AGCACCAUAAACACAAUAUAAUUUCCUCCUGGAAGGACGAGCUUCUUUGUGAGGACGACAAGAUCUUUCAAGCAAGAAGGUAUGCGGGAGUAGUUCCCUCUUUGUCUUGGUUCAAAUUUCAGAUUCAGAAACGAACAAGGCAGGUUCACCAACACCGAUCAGAUCUGGGCAGAUUCCUAAGCACAAUAAAGAUUUCUCCAGGAAGGUCUGGCCGAUCUUCUUAAUUUUUGACAACACCAAGGUCUGGCGAGUGUGAGGUGAACUUUCUGAUGAUACUGAGGAAAGUAUACAACUAGGACGCCACCAACCAACGAGGCAUUAACAAGCCUCAGAAAGUAAUGGCGGAGAUUGUGAUCCUUCUAGCCAUUAAAAAGAUUGGAAUUGCCUUGGCAAAAGGAGCGGCAGACCAGGCCAGUGUACAGUUAGCAAAGUUCGGGGCACAACUACUGGAGCUACAGGGUAGCAUGGGUCGUGUUGCCAGGGAGCUUCGGGUAAUGCAUGAUGUUCUAUGUGAAAUGGACAUUCGAAACCGCAGCAAUCAAGUAUAUGAGGGCUGGUUAGAGGAGGUACGCAAAGUAGCACAUGUGAUGGAGGAUAUGGUGGAUGAGUACUUGUAUCUAGUUGGUCGAGAACAUGAUAUAGGUUGUUGUUUCUUCCUGAAGAAAGGGUUCAAAAAGCCAAGAUCACUGCUUUGUUUGAAUCAGAUAGCUCUCAGAGUGAAGGAACUGGAGAAAGACCUUUCACACCUGUCAGAGACAAAAAACCGUUGGGUUCCCAUGAUAAACAACGGGGAUUCUAGCAACCUCAGUUACAUUGUCAAGAGAUCCCAAGAGCUAGCAAACAUUUCACGCUUAAUUGAUGAAGAAGAUCUAGUGGGGGUGGAUAAAAACAGAGAAAAACUCGAGCAAUGGUUGGGGGGUGAUGAUCAGAAAUGCUCUGUGAUAGCUCUGCUCGGAAUGGGAGGUCUUGGUAAAACUGCUUUAGCUGCAAAUGUCUACAAGAGGGUGAGGGAGAAAUUCCAGUGCUAUGCCUGGGUCUCCAUCUCUCAAACUUAUUCUAGAGAAGAUGUCUUGAGAAAUAUGAUCAAAGAACUUUUUAAAGACAAUGCUAGUGCUCUAUGUAGCACUCUGUCCAUGGACAUCAUGAGCCUUGAAGAGACACUAAAGAAAUAUCUGGAGCAAAGAAAGUACUUGAUCAUAUUGGAUGAUGUUUGGGAUCUGGAAGCAUUCCAUGAUUUGUCAAGGAUGCUUACUCAUAAUGAUAAGGGCAGUAGAGUGAUACUUACAACAAGGGAAGCCAGCAUUGCCGCACUUGCCUCUCAAGGACAUAGCUUAACAUUGAAAGCUUUACCAGAAGACAAGGCAUGGGAUCUCUUUUGUAAGAAAGCCUUUCCAAGAGAUACAAAUCAUGAAUGUCCUACAGAAUUGAAGCCAUCAUCCAAGGAGAUAGUUAGCAAGUGCAAAGGCUUGCCUCUUGCUGUUGUGUCAGUUGGUAGCCUCUUGAGUGCGCGUGAGAAAACCGUGGAAGAAUGGAGAAGAAUAAAUGAUCAACUAAGCUGGGAGAUAAUUAACAAUUCAAGUCUGGACCACAUAAGGAAUGUUUUGCAUCUGAGCUUCAUCUACCUCCCAACAUACUUAAAAAGUUGUUUCCUGUACUGCAGCUUAUUUCCGGAAGACUAUCUUUUCAAAAGGAAACAACUUGUACGGUUAUUCAUCGCUGAGGGGUUCAUCGAGGAGAGGGGUGAAAGCACACUAGAAGAAGUGGCAGAAGGCUAUCUAAAAGAGUUGGUUGACAGAAACAUGCUACAACUUGUUGAGAGGAACUCGUUUGGUAGGGUGAAGAAAUUCAGAAUGCACGAUCUCGUACGUGAACUGGCAGUUGAUUUGUGCAAGAAGAACUGUUUUGGUGCUAGUUAUGAGGAUCAGUGUGGGGGGUCUCUUGAGAUGGAUGGACGUCGGUUGGUGCUUCACAAAGUAAAGAAGGAUAUUCAACAGCCAUUUUCCAAUAUGCACCAACUUCGUACUGUCAUUACACUGGGCGAUAGCAAGUCAUCAUGCACCUUACUACCUCUGCUUUGCACGGAGUCAAGAUAUUUGACAGUGCUAGAAUUAAGUGGUCUACCCUUGGAGAUGAUUCCAGAUGCUAUUGGGGAUCUUUUUAAUCUCCGCCAUUUGGGUUUGCGGGGUUCAAAGGUGAAGAUGCUCCCGAAGACUAUUGAGAACCUUUCAAAUUUGUUGACACUCGACCUUUAUGAAUCUGAUAUACAUAAGCUGCCUAGUGGGAUUGUGAAACUGAAGAAGCUUAGGCACUUGUUUGCUGAGAGAGUAAUUGAUGCAGAAGGAGAUUUUGAAUGUCGGAGUGGUGUGUGUAUCCCCAUUGGUCUUGGAAAUCUGACAAACCUACAGACGCUACAGGCAUUGGAAGUACAAGAUGAGUGUCUUAGGCAUUUAGGGGAGCUGAGGCAAAUGAGAAGCUUGAGGUUAUGGAAUGUGAAGGGAAUGUACUGUGGACGCAUCAGUGAGUCUCUAGUUCGGAUGCCGUAUCUGUCCAACCUAGAUGUGAAUGCUAGUGACGAGGACGAGGUUCUCUUGUUGAAUGUCUGCCUGCCAAGCCUGCAAAAGCUAAGUCUGAGAGGACGACUAGCGGAAGGGGCGUUGGACGAGUCUCCUCUCUUCCAAGCUGAUGGGGGCCAGAACUUGUAUGUAUUGUAUCUAUCUUGGUCACAGCUGAGAGAAGACCCCCUACCAUCCCUUUCUCGGCUGGCAAACAUGACGUGUCUACACUUCACCAGAGCAUACAACGGAGAGCAGCUGUCAUUUCUCGUGGGAUGGUUUCCCAAGCUAAAGGUUCUCUCUCUAAGAGACCUGCCUAAUCUGAGUCGUCUAGAGGUACAGCAAGGUGCCAUGGCGAGCCUGGAGGAACUAUUCUUGGCCAACCUCAGCAGCAUGACGGAGGUCCCAGCUGGCAUUGAGUUCCUCCUUCCCCUCCAGCAUCUAUCCUUCUUGGAAAUCACCAAUGACUUCUUGACGAUGCUGUACCAAUGUUCUGUACUUGAAGAGCAGAUGUGGCACUAUUCUCUCCGAGACUGACCUGCGACACUAGCCAGGAAAUGUGUAGGUUGCCGGCCGGAAGGGGGAUGCUUCAUUGUUUGGGCCGCAUGCGUAUUCGAUUCAGUGUGUGAUGGCGGUCAAUGCAUCUGAAGGUGCAUUAUAUUCGUGUUGCUGCUGCUGAUAUGCCACUAUACCUCGGUCAACCUGCGUCUCCUCUGCUUUUAUGGGACGUGCUGCGGCCUCGUGCUUUUAUUAAAUAAAAACGAUGCUUGUUGUAUGACUGCGAGCGAGCUAUAUUUCCAUAUUCAGACUUAUUUUCGUGUUGUUUGUUUUACGAAUUAAGGAGCUCUCCGCUCCAGAUUUUAUUUCAGAAACUGAUUAAUUAAUGCAUGAUUUCUUUCAGCUAUAUAUGUACUGAUAUUUCGUGAGUGUGCUUGCUCUGAACCUAUUUCAGCUGUGGCUGUUGAAUAAAAACACUU